ACUGUAGAGAUUUUUUUGAGAAAACAACAAACAGAUAAGCCGUAAAAAUAUUAAAUAUCUAGGUUACUUCUAAAAAAGUUUCUUUCAAUUAAGGACUACUAAUUAAUGGAAUUUAAAAUGGAAACUUCUCAAAUGCCAAGACGAUCAGGUGGACGACCACAUUCUGAAGGAUGGUCACUUUACGGUUUUCAGAAAGUUCCUGGCGACAAACGUAAAUUUCUUGCUAAGUGUAAUAAAUGUUUGGCUGUUCUCAAAAAUACUUCAGUGAUUAGAAUGGCGAACCAUAGAAAGAAAUGUGGUGUAUGUACCAAAGUUGAAGCUUCAAAUGAAACUAAUGAAACAAAUCUCAUAAAAGUAAUCAAGAUUGUCAGCGAUGAGCAUGAAAUGGAAACCGAACAACACUUUACAAAUGUAGCUGAAGAAGAAGUUAAUCAUUCUGUAAUGGAAGUUAUAAACGAAGACAUAAAUCGUCAUCGAAAAAAUCCUUUAAAUAUUAAAGCGAAACCAGAUUUAGCUGCUAUUGACGCAGCCCUUUCAAGCUUCAUUAUUGGUUGUAAUCUUACCUUUGAUAUUAUUGAUUCCGAGCAUUUCAAAAAGUUUGUCGCUACUUUAAAUCGAAAUUACAAAGUCCCUUCAGGUUCACAACUCAAAGAACGAGUUUUGGCGCAAUUAAAAUCAUUAGAUUCAAGGGAAAAAUCAAGACGAGCUCAUUAUUACGACUCGUCAUCAGAUGAAUUUGAAUAAUUUAUAUUUUUCCUUUGUCCUCAAUGUAUGUUUCAUGAAAAUUACUGAUCACCAACAAAUUCUGUAAACUACAAACGUUCUGAACACUUGUACAAAUUUAAUUAAUCCAAUUCGACUGCUGAAAAUUGUUUGAUAUUUUCAUAAAUAAGUAGAUAUAUAGGAAUCUAAGAAAGUAAUCUCUAAACAAAUUAUGAUGUUGUUUUUAUUCCUUUAUUAAAUAAUUCACUUUAAAUGUACAAUGACAAAUAUAGAAAAAGGAAAUUUCGAAAAAAGAAAAGUUUUCUUAUUUACACUCAUUUCAAUCUAUUUUUUCUUCUUUUACGCACAUGUCUUGAGGGAUUUCUUAUUCUUUUUACUAAUAUUUUCUACUACAAUAUAAUAUAAAAAUAUGAAAAAAACAAACAUGAAUAAUAUCUAUCAAACAAUAGAAUUUUAAAGUGUGAGGUUAACUUACAACUCUACACUUACUGAUUAAUUAUACUUAUUAUUUUUUCAUAUUUUCUUUUCCCCAGCUUUAGAAGAUGAUUUAAUCAGC